AAAGUAUUUAUUACGUACAGAGCUUCUCAGCAACUAAUUCAUAAAAUGUAUAUUAUAAGCCUUAUCCGCAAACAAUUGUAUUUACUGCAAGCUACAUUUGCCUUUCUUUUAAAAUAAAUGAGCCGGAAAGUGAGUAGCUGAUUAGUCAGCUAAGUAGAACAAAGAAAAAUCAGUUAAACUGUACUAUAUCCGACAUAGGCAUCAAGUGAACAUAAAUAAUAUAUAUGAGAAUGUUUUUUAUGGAUAGUUAAUUAGUAUUAAACUUGUAGUUCCUUCUAAGUUUAUUGGAGCCCUCAUUAUUUUUUCAUUCCCAGUUGUUGCCAUAUUUUCUUUAAGUGUACAAUGCCUAAUAGCAGCGAGGUGGUAGAUGAUUUUUUUGCUGAAGCUUCAGUAUUUAAUCAAGCAAAGAACGUGCAGGAAACUACUAGAAAAUUGAGAAUUGUUUAGCAAUGCAGAUGAGGAGUGGAAUAUUAAAAGCAUUAUGGCUAUGCCUUACUUUUAACGAAGGCCUGGCCAUACUGGAGCACGAAGGCGAGACCAUCAACAGAUGCAUCCAAAACUAUGGCGGACUUACUGUGGAAAACGCCGAGCGUCUAGGACGAUUCAAGGAAUGGUCGGAAAGCUACGAGGAAAUCCCCUGCUUCACGCGCUGUUAUUUGUCCGAGAUGUUCGAAUUCUACAACAACUUAACGGGCUUCAAUAAGGACGGUAUUGUGGGAGUCUUUGGAAGACCCGUCUACGAAGCCUGCCGAAAGAAAUUGGAACUGCCAUUCGCGUCAGGCGAGAGCAGCUGCAAACAUGCCUACGAGGGCUUCCACUGCAUCACCAACAUGGAAAGCCACCCGUUCACGGUUAUCGACAACAUGCCAAACAUCUCCCCGUCAGCCAAGAAUGCAAUGAAGGACUGCCUGCAGGAUGUCCACCAGGACGAGUGGAAGAGCUUCGAUGCCUUCGCCUACAAUCCUGUCAAUGAACCUAUUCCGUGCUUCACCCGGUGCUUCGUGGACAAGCUGCACAUCUUCGAGGAGAAAACGCGUCUUUGGAAACUGGAGGCGAUGAAGCGAAACUUGGGCAUUCCGGCCAAAGGAUCUCGCAUAAGGACAUGCCAUCGGCAGCGUGGCAAGGACCGAUGUGCCACAUAUUACAAACAGUUCACAUGCUACGCGAUGGCCAUCUAGGUAGCCAUCUUUGUAAAGCAAAAUUUAUGUAAGAUUACAUAUUAAUUCAAUGAUAAAAAUAUGCUUUCAUUUAUCCAAAGAAUAUCUCUGCAUUUGGAAAUAUAUAGAUCUUACAUUGUGCUUAUUAA